CGCUGAAUAUUUAUGAAAUUCCAUUUAAAAACAGUUAAAAAUGGCAAAACAAACGAAUAAGCGUAAAAGAAAACACGAAACAGCAGUCGCAGACCAGACGGACGACGCUGAAAUCGCCGUACCAAAAAAGUUGGCAAAGCAGUCAAAAAAGGAAAAAACCAAAGAUGCAAAUGGAAACGUCGGUUUAAAAGAGGAGACUGUUGAGCAGAUCGAGGAGGAGCCACAAGUGCAGGCUGAAAUUGAAGAAACGACUGAUACCCCAUCCAUAAAGAAGAAGGAAAGAAAACCUCGCAAGGAUCGCAAAGAUGAAGCUGACACCAGUCCCGAUUCGGGCAUUGAGCCGGAGGAGAAACUGAUGCGUUUUCCAAAUGAUUUUAAAAUGCUGCAUUUUCGCAGCAAGCUGCUCGGCAAUAACUUUAUAACGGAACUGCGCCACUUUCUGUACAUGUGCGAGCAACGUCCCCGAAUUGUGGCGAAGUACAUUGAGAAGCGUGGCAAGCCACUGGAACUGGCUGAAGCCUUCAAUCGCAUCGACACAAGCAAUGUGCUUCAUGUAGGCUACCUGUGCGAGGCAUUGCAACGCAUCAUCAUGGAAAUACUGAGCAAUCAGAAGGAGCACCUGGAGUCAGCUGCCCAUGCCGGACGUUAUUUCCUCAAAGCGCAUGGUGCGUUGCUUGAACAAUUGUUGCACUCGAAGCAACCAAAGCAUCGGCGUAGCGCACUCAAAUUGCUUACGGCAAUUGUAUGCUUGGAUUCGCAGUUGGGGCGGCAGGUGUUGAGCUCCUACGAUAUACUCUCGAAUGUGCGCAUCAUGGGCGAAAUGUUGUCCCAUUCAAAGCAUGACAAGUACGAUGAGGACACCGUGCGCAAGGCUUAUAUUCACUUUGUGCUCGCCUUUCUCGUCGAUGGCAACGAGCUGCUCAUACGCAAUAUUCUCGAUCGUGCCCAGUUGAUUCGUGUGCUGGUGAAGGGCCUGUACUAUGAUGAUCAUGUCACCGCUUGCGUUGUGCUCAACACACUGCGCCAAUAUGUCCUCGAGAAUUCCAGCAUAUUGAAGACGAAGAAGGUGCACGUCUUCGAUUUGGAAUGUUGCAAGUAUCUGCGACGCCUCUACGAUUGGGAAGGACCUGCGGGUCUGGAGGACAGCAAGAAUAAUGAGAUCGAUAAGAGCAUUAUGACUGAGGAGCGAGAUGCAGUUGCUGCAGCUGCACAUCAACUGCUGCUGCUGCUGUUCACGUCACGCAAACAUGGCAUCACCUUCGACGCGAUGACCAACUAUCGCCAGAAGCACAACAAGCUGCAGGGCAAGAUUUUGGGCAGCUUAUUUCGCCCAUAUGCUGAUGAACGCAAAACGGAGCUCAUCUUGAAGACACUACAUGCUUGUCCCGAUCUCGGCAGGCAUACGGUGAGAAAUUUCGCCUUCUUGGUUAGUCCGCAGCGUUUGCAGGCCGUUGAUUUGCCCAAGGGAAUUGAUUUGCUUGCCCAAAUCAUUGGAGCAGUGCCGCCAACAUCUUUAGCUUUGGCCAUGGACAAAAUGACGCUGACCGAUUUUAGCUAUUGGAUCAAGGAGCUAUGUUUGCCCAUUGAGGCGCUGCUACACAUCGUCAGCAAGAACAUGCUGAAGAGCCCGGACUUCCAAGUGCGUCUCGCUGUCAAUCGCCUGCUCCUCGCCAUGAUGACACAGUACAGCAAUUAUGUUGGCGCUGUUGCUCUGCGCGAGCAAUCGAAACGUGCUGGAAACUCAUUGCGUAAAUUCAAAUUUGAGCUGCUGAAUCAUUUGCUCAUAAAUUUUCCGCCCAUCGAGAGUAUACUGUACUCACUGUACCUCAGCAUACAGAAUAAACAGGAGCAGGGAGUCAAUGUACUGGCUCAUCUUUCGGUCACUCUCGACCUAAUCCUAAUCAUGUGCAAGGAUAAUCGCGCUUUUGUGAAUAAGACCAGUCAAAUUCUUGACUAUUUGGAUGUGCUGCGUCCGCUCUAUGAGACUAACUUUGAUGAGCCACUGCCACAAUCUAAUCAAGAUCAGCCCGAACAGUUGGACAAGGUGCAAAAGAUUAAGCUGGAGCUUAAAUCGAUUAAGACGAUUCUGUUGCUGUUUCCACGAUCGCUGCAUCCGCAGGAGAAGCUGUUCGAGAAGGUGUUGCGCUCCUUUAUCAAGGCCUACAUGCUGGACGAUGCCACCGUCCAGUUGGAGGCGGGUGAACUGCUGCACAGUCUGUUCCAGAAUACGGGCAUGUUUGAUUCCUCAAGCUAUGAGAUUGACAUCUGGCUGGAGGCCUUAAUUGGCUUCGAUGCCGAAACCGUGGACAUGGUGACAAGCAUUUUUCUCAACAUACUCUCACUGGAUCUGUCGCUGAUGGAGGAGGAGUUGCCAACAUUAAAUACGGCGGAGACCGCCAGCAAUGUGGAGAAUUUGCGACAGCUCUUCACCCAAAUCGAACAGGGUCAAACGGUGCAGGCAUAUGUGGAGACUCUGACGCUGAGCAAAAUGAUGCCGCUGCUGUUUCAGGGCGUCACCAUUGAGCCACCCUACGAUGCCUAUGUGGAGCUGGUGUGUGUGCUGCUCCAUCAGUAUCACACCAAACCGGAGCAGGUGCAGCAAUUGUACAACUCUCAUUUGUCCAAGCACAUGGACUAUAUGCAGCAGCCGACUGAGUUGCCCGCAACUAUUGCCCAGCACUGGCCACAGCUGGCAGCGUUGCAGCAAGCCGUGUUGGGCGAGUCCGACAAAGAUUCCUUUGAUGUCAUCUUCAAGGGCACAGCAGCAGCAGGCGAUGAGGAUCACUUUGAGCUGCAGUUGGCUGAUGGCGAACAGUUGCACUUGGCUGGGAGUCUGCGUAAUCCACAUCGCAACAUGAUCUAUGCACACAAUUUGCUCUUUAUGCUCACCCAACUGGUUACCAGCCAGCGACUCAAAGCGGAUCAAUCGGAAUUCAUAGCUGAUUCACUUAUCAGACUGCUACAGAUUGCAUCGCAAUUGGAUGGCAAGGACAACAGCGCUGAAGUUGAGCAGCAGGAGCAGGAGCAGCAGCAGGAGACGCACACGCAGCGAUUACUUCACUAUAUUUACGGCAUUCGUCUCAGCCAGCUGCGUGCGACGCACUUGCUCAGCGAGACGAGCGAGACGCAGCUGAACUAUGUGCGAUUCCUGCGACGCCUCAGCGAACAUUGUCGCAGUCUGGCCAAGUUUAGCAAUUACAUUUCCCACUACCGACUGCAACUGGUAAUGGCAUUGGAGAUAGCCGUAGGAAAUAUCAGCCAAUUGCAGGUGGAGCAAGUGACGCAGCCGGCACAGUUGCUGGAGUGUGUUGCCCUCGUCGAUGCCUUUGAGCUGAGUGCCGGCGAAUGUGUGCAGAUGUUGCAGUUGCUCACGAGCCGACUGCAAGCGACGCACUACCUCAAGGCCCAUCAUUACUAUGAUCUUCUCCUGCGUCUGUUGCGUCGUCUCGCCCAGCUGCCGGAGCCCGUGGACUGCAGUGAAUCCCUGAUGCAGCUGCAACAAUAUUAUGGUGAAUUUUGCCAGAGUGCACCCGCUGAGCAGCUAGAACAGUUGGAGUUGGCUAUGCUGGAAUUUCUGCUUAGCCAGCAUCAUCAUCUGGCCGGCUGCGAUGCCGCCUUCUUCAGCUGCUUUUUUUCCACAAGCAAUCGCAAGCUGAGCAAAUCCGCUGUGCGAAUCGCCUGCCUGCUCCUGGAACGUAAUCCGCAGUUGGCUAAGACAUUUGCACAACUGCUGUCGGCGCAUGUGGAGCAAAAGGAGUUGAUCUAUCCACUAUUGGAUGUCGCAUUCCGUCGUGGUUAUCAUCAACAGUUCGAGGAGGCGACGCUGCUGCAGCGUUGCUAUCAGGUCUACAAGAAUGGCAUACUCAAAAGCAUUGAGAAACCGCAGAAGGCUGCGCUCAUCUAUCGGGAGCAUGCGGAUGCGAGUGCAGCAUUAAUUGCCCACUGUAUGCCCAAAUCCGAGUGCUUGGAUUACUGCCACAAACAGCUCAAAUUCGAUGCUGUUGAGCUCUUUCAGAUGCGUGUGCUGCGAGAGAUUUACAGCCAGGCCUACGAGGCCAGCAAGGAUGAGCAGCAGCAAGCCAACAUCUUUAUUAGCUAUAUCCAUCUGAAUGUACAAAUGAUGGCGUUGGAUUUGAAGAAGCAAUCUGUGCAGCUGGAAAAACUGGAGCAGCUGGCCUAUGAUUGCUACAGAUGGUGGCAGCAGCUGGGGCAGCAGCAGCUCGAUUGGAGUCGCCUAUUGAAUGCGCCGCAUUGGCUCAACUUUUGUCGCGGCUGCCUGAAACAGGCCAUGCACAUGGCCGAGGAGCAGCAGCGCACCCCUGAGCAGGAGCACACCAAUGGUUUGCUCCUCAAGCUGAUGGCUUACCUAUGCGAUCAACUGUACGCGGAUCAGAAGGCGGAGCAGGAGGAGGAGAAUGCCAAUGCAGAUGCUGCUCUGCUCUACGAGAUGGCCUGCACCCAUUCCUGUUGCUAUGACCAUCUGCUGGGCGAGCCGAGCGCUGUGAAGACGCAUCUACUCCAACUGCUGGAGACGCUGGCACGCAAAGCGCCCGCCGCUCUCCACUCUGCCCACAUACCCGUCAUCCUGGGUGCCUAUCAUGCCCGCCUCACGCCCGCCGAUCGCUAUGCCCUGGCGCUCCUGGAGCACUACGAACGCUUCGAUGUCGGUCUGAGCCAGUAUCGCCCCUUCAUUUGGGGCGAGAGCGCUGUGGCGCAUUAUGCACUGCGUGCCGUCGACGAAGAUGAGCGCGCCAAGCUGCAACAGCAGGAGACGAAUGUGGCCCAGGUGCUUGCGCUGAUUGUGCGGCAAUCCUCGCAGUACACCAUCGAGAAUUUUCCCAUUUGGCGCACACUGCACGCCAGCCAACAACUGCCUGAGUUGGAGUUUCUUAAUCCCGCCAGCAAAUCCCAUCGAUUUGGUGACAACUCGCUGGAGCAACGUGUGGAGCAGGGCUGCUCCACAUUUACGCAGGAUCUGCGCCGGUUGUGUCCGAAGCGUGAGGAGAUCUAUGAGCGCUGCUAUGAUCCGGCCUUUAUGCUGCCACUAAUGAUGCACUGCUUCGCGCCCGAAUCUGUCGUGCGUGCCCAGUGGCCCGUCCAGAACGGACUGCUCGCCAUGAGCUUCUGUGCUCUGUCCUCGUUGGACAAGGACAUGCGUUUGGCGGCGGCGUGUUGCCAGCAACGCUAUCGCACCCACUUUGAGCUUUCGAAGUUCUACGAGAAACCAUUGUGGACGCAGGCCUACGAUAACAUCCAGUCGGGUUUAGAGGAGUUGCGUGACUCGUGGCUAGCACAGCGUCGACAUCAUGGUGGCAACCCUCGAGUGCCGCUGAUACCCGUCCUCUUCAUUGCGCACAGCUUCAAUUUGAGCACGGAUCCCACGCAUCUGCUGUACAAGCGCCUGAUGAUGUAUCUGCAGCUGAAGCAGAGCUUCAAUUUCCAAACGAUACCCGAAUUUAAUAUAUUCUUCUACUCGCAGGAGCCGGAGCAUCAGCAGUAUCGGGAGUUCAUUGUCCAGCUGCUGAGCAAUGGCAUCAAGUGCAGUGCGGAUCUCUUUCUGCUGGUGUCCACCAAUACGUUCAAGGUGCUGCUCAGCUUUUAUGGCUCCCAGUUGGGCACACUGGACACCAAUCUGCUGCUGCUCUCCGUGCUCUCCACGUGCGUGAAAAUACCUGGCGCCGUAAAGAUUAUGCUCGAGCAUGUUGGCAUUCUCUCCUGGUUGCAGGGCGUCAUUCGUGACACACAGUUCCAUCAGUUCGACAUUAUCGAGGGCAUCAUUAGCAUUGUGAAUAAUCUGUGGUUUGCCGUCGCCGCCAGUCAAUCCGAGUUGGCGGAUUAUGAUCACAUCCAGCUGCGCAUACAGCGUGUCCUGCUCCAUCUGUUGCCGUUGCUGUCGCCACGCAUUUCCAUAGCCGGCCUGGCUCGAUUGUUGAAUGUGCUCGCGAAAACAUCCGCCAGCAGCAGUGGUCAGCAAUUGAUCGCACUGCCUGCUCCACAAUUGGAUCUGUUGCUCGACUGCUGCUCCCGCCACUGGCCAGCACAAAUCGCCAGCGUGCGGCAUAUUCGAAGUUAUGGCGGCACCUACGCCUCUCCACGCAUCGAAUACUGCGACUGGCUGGCCAACGAUCAGAAACUGGAUGUGCAUUCCGUUCUCGCCCUCUUCAGUCUGCGGCACUUUGUCAGCCUGUGGUGGCAGGCGCACAAUGCCCCAAAAUCACACCUGGACCAACUUGUGUGAAUGUGAAUAGGCGCAACAACUUCUUAGUCGGAUAUUCAAUAGUUCUAUAAUAAUCAUGUUAAUUAUAUAGCUAUAAAUGUGUUGAUAAUAUAUAUAAUUUUGCAUUGAA